GCUUUUGUAACCGAGCAAAGCCAUAACAGUUGAUCACUUCCAUGAGAGAGCAAGAGAGAGAAAGCUCAUACUUUUUGUAACCAUAACGCAACGCAAUGCAAUGCAACCCACCAUCGAAAAUCCUCAAUCCAUUCCUUUUCUCUACGCUUCAUGAUCAUCUCUCUCCAUCAAUCCAUAAUCUCCUUCAUCUUCAUCACUGAACAAUCCAAAUUUCAUCAUCUUUUCCCCGCGAUCCAACCCUUCCCUCUGUUUCUCCCUGAUUUUCCCUCGUCUUUUUUGGUGCACCACCGCCGUUCUUUUUUCUUUCUCUCCGAUGAUACCUCUUUCAACCUCCUUGAUUCUGAUUAGCAUGGCCGAUUUGAUGGGGCUACAUUGAGUUUGCAUGGAUCGUAUGGAAUGGAUGCUUUUCGAUUUAUGAGUUCUUAUUUUCAACUGCUCCUUCAAUUUCAGCCAUGGCAGUUAGUGGGCCGGCUUCCAGUUCGGAGAGGCCCUGGAGUGACCCUCGCAAAGGCAUGUCCAGUGAUAACAUCAAGGGUUUGGUCUUAGCUUUGUCUUCUAGUUUCUUCAUUGGUGCCAGCUUUAUUGUCAAGAAGAAAGGCCUUAAAAUAGCCGGGGCUUCUGGUGUUAGGGCAGGCGCUGGCGGUUAUUCUUACUUAUAUGAACCAUUAUGGUGGGUCGGCAUGAUAACUAUGGUUGUAGGAGAAAUUGCUAAUUUUGCAGCUUAUGCAUUUGCACCAGCUAUUCUUGUAACUCCCCUUGGUGCACUCAGUAUAAUUAUCAGUGCUGCUCUUGCUCACAUUAUAUUAAGAGAGCGAUUAAACAUUUUUGGUAUUCUUGGUUGUGUGUUAUGUGUUGUGGGUUCGACAACAAUUGUUCUGCAUGCACCUCAAGAGCGUGAGAUAGUAUCUGUCAAGGAAGUAUGGGAUCUUGCGACAGAGCCAGCUUUCCUUCUGUAUGCUGCUUUGAUGAUAGCCACAACUCUCAUACUCAUAAUACACUUUGUGCCUCGUUAUGGCCAGACAUAUGUAAUGGUCUACAUAGGGGUUUGUUCUAUUGUGGGGUCACUUUCGGUUAUGAGUGUUAAAGCACUUGGCAUUGCCCUGAAGUUGACAUUUUCUGGAUUGAAUCAAUUAACAUAUCCUCAAACUUGGGCAUUCACAAUGAUUGUGAUUACUUGUGUGAUCAUUCAAAUGAAUUAUCUAAACAAGGCUCUUGAUACUUUCAACACUGCUGUAGUAUCCCCUACAUACUAUGUGAUGUUUACAACAUUGACCAUCUUGGCUAGCAUAAUUAUGUUUAAGGAUUGGGAUCGACAAGGUGCAAUCCAGAUUUUCACCCAAAUGUGUGGUUUUGUGACAAUUCUCGCUGGUACUUUUCUUCUUCACAGAACGAAGGAUAUGGUUGAGGGUGGGUCAUCACUUCUUCCAUUGUUUCUAUCCACAUCAGUUACAAAAUAUCUCAUAAUUGAAGUUUUGUUUCAUUGUAGCUUCAACAGCACCAUCUUUUUCAAUGCGACUUUCUAAACACAUAGAAGAUGGUUGUGAACUCGAGGCCAUCCCACUUCAGCGUCAUGCAUCAUUGUGAUAAGAUUAGACAUAGUCAUUAGAUCUGCGAAUUCACUUUUAUCAUCAUGUUACAUUUCGUGCAUAAAAUCUUAGGAGAAGCUACGACAUCCAUUGGCUUUGUGAUUGUCAACAUUGUUGGAUAAACUUGAAGGGGAUACAAGCAUGGUUGUGGAAGGAUGGUAAUCUCUUUUCUUCCUUGAAACUCCCUUUUUUAUGUUGGUUUGUUAGGAACCUCAGUGUUCUAUAUACCAUAUAUAUAUAUAUAUAUAUAUAUAUAUAUAUAUAUAUAUAUAUAUAUAUAUAUAUUAUCAUUCAUUGUCAAUGUCACCAAGAAGUAGACUCUUUUAAGGAAUCCUUGGCUUAUAGAGUGGCUUGGUAGAGCAAGCUAGAAGGACCAUUUUACAUACUUGAUUAAACUUCACUCAUGGACUCCCUUUUUCUUCA